UCGACCGGAUGGAGGAAUGAGGAAACAGUGUGAGUGUGUGUGUGUGGAGUGUGAAAAUCUCACAGGUGUCGGAGUCAGAAGUCCAGCGCUGUUGCUGUUUUAUUAUUUCUCUCGACAAAACGAACGACAAAAGCGGAAGUUUCACGCACGCGUGCAGUCAGUAACGGUCCGAGGAAUAAAUAAGUGAUAGUCGCAACUCAAUUAAGUUAACUCACCUUAUUUGAAAAGCAUUUAAAUCGUUAUUCUGCGAUUCAGUCUGUUGCUGAAGUAAAGAGAGGAGUCUUCGUCUGCUGAAGAUGCAUAUGAAUUACAUUCACCUUUAAUUUGUUCCGGAACUCAGCGAAUGUAAGGACAGACAACAGAGGACGAUUUUUAAUCCUAAAGAUCUUCCAUAAAUACCGAAGUGAAGUUCUAUUUCUAUGGAAUUUUCCCAGUCCUGCCAGAGUGACUACAGGGGUCUUCAUAUGUCCCUGAAAAAUUAAUAAUAAUAUUCUGUAGGAUCAAUAGAUUGUGGCUCAUCAGGUUUCGAUGCAGGGCGUUGGACAAAUUUCAUUGUACAGGAUCAGUUUAUUUUGAAACGUGGAACACUGGAUGACAGAUUGUUUUGCCACAUCUGUCAGGUGUUUGGUUGGACUUCAUUUGAAUUUUGUUUUGCAAGCAGAUAACUGUGAUUUCAUCUAGCCUUUCAUGAACUGAAUUUUGCAAUUGCUCAAUUGCACAUCUUUUGUUAGGUGGACAAUACCUUUGAAGUGGAAAAACCAAAAACAGUUCGUUGUUGUUCACUUAUGCAAAAGAAAACCUCAAAGCAUCUUCUGUGUUUUAGAGAAUUCACUGUAUAUUUAAUGUUAACAAACAAGGGGAUGAAUGAAAAGAUUUGUAUUGUUAUUAGCAAAGAAAUUCCAACACUUUAAAAAUACUGUAUUGCAUUGUAUUGCAAGUAUUUCCAUAUAUUAGGUGACCAAGAUCCACCUUGUGUUUCUGUAAUCAUCUUUUAUUCUUUUCCGUGCCACACCUUUGUGUUGCAGCCACCACUGUCCCUAUUCGUUCUUCCAGAUCUUCCUGUUGCUCUCCACUCUGUCCUACGACUAGUCCCAUCACACCCUCUCCUUUCUGUAUGCUCUACGCUCUUCUUAGUCUCCUUGUCUCAUCCAUAAAUUCAUCUUCUAUCCUUCUCCCCACUGGCCUCAUUCCUCAGUAGAUAUCUGUGGCUCUUUGGCUGUUCUUUUGUACCCAAACCCACAUUUGCUUUCACACUUGAGCGAGUUUUUCUCUAACUUUCACGCUGGCGGGCACCAUUCCACCUAAAGGAGAGGAGGACUUUCUAACGCUUGCUGUCUCCCGGCUCAGCCGUCGCAAGCGUGUCAUAGGAGCGGCCGUGGGUGUGGCCAUGGUUCUGAUUCUCCUGGUCACCAUCCCUUUACUGGUCCACAGCACUAAAGGAGGAGGAGCUGGUAAUGCGGGAAGUCAUUAUGAAAUGCUAGGAAGUUGUCGGAUGGUUUGUGACCCCUACACCACAUCUCACGGCCAGGAGCUAACGGCUGUUUCACCCGUACCUCCUGAUUUUCCAAACCGGAAAGGGAAGUCUGGGUAUCGGGGAUCUCCGGGAAUCCCAGGACCACGAGGACCACCUGGAGAGCCUGGAAAGCCAGGUCCACAAGGGCCCCCAGGUCCUGGGCCUGGCGGUUACGUGCCGUCAUUCUACAGCCCUAAAAUUGCGUUUUACGCAGGCCUGCGCAAGCAACAUGAAGGCACUGAUGUGCUCAAGUUUGAUGAUGUGGUGACCAAUGUUGGCAACUACUAUGAACCCAGCACUGGAAAAUUCACAUGCCCUCUACCUGGUAUCUACUUCUUCACAUACCAUGUCCUGAUGAGAGGAGGAGAUGGGACCAGUAUGUGGGCGGACCUCAAGAAGAACGGACAGGUGAGGGCCAGCGCUAUCGCCCAGGACGCUGAUCAGAAUUAUGACUACGCCUCCAACAGUGUGAUCCUGCAUUUAGACGUGGGAGAUGAGGUCUGUGUGCAGCUGGACGGAGGGAAAGUCCACGGUGGAAACACCAACAAAUACAGCACGUUCUCUGGCUUCCUCAUCUAUGCUGACUGACCUGCUCUAUACACUCAGAUGUACUGUGUAUGAACACACACACACACACACACACACACACACACACACACACACACACAUACAGUUACGUACACACACCGAACAGGCUUGAAAGAAAUGGACGUGGUUUAUACGGAGCAGAAGGGCUUCACAGACAUAACGGCAACCAAUUCCUUUCAUAAAGCAAGAGGAUUUCCGACACGCUGUUUGUAUGUGUGUAAAUUAUAACUAUCUUACAUUAUACACUACUCUCAAACUUAAAUUAAAAUGCAUAUAAAUAUAUGUCUAUAUCUAUCCUGGACGGUGACACGCUCAUAUUUUCAUGUGUACUUGUUAGUGUAUUUGUCUCCAUUUUGUGUAUCAAUCAAAACCAGAGAUUCAGACUCAAUAGUCAACAUGCUUUAUGGUGAACUGAGCUGCAUUUACACAUGGCUGGACUUGAAAGAAAAUCAGUGCGUAAAUGUACUUUUCACUCAGUAGACGCAGCCGUAGCGCGAUACGGGAACGUAUACUGUAUAUGCGUGCGCACAUGUCGCAGGGCUAGUGAUUAAUCUAAAUCCUCUUGUUCCAUUCAUUUGACUUAGUGACUGCUUUCGUUGUCUUUGUGGAAUUGGAAGGAGUGUAAUUGCACACACAAUGGCUCACUACAACCAAACAGUCGAAGUAAUCUGGGCCGGACCGGAACAUAUUGAUUUAGGCUGAUGAGACUCUUCAGUAAUCACACAAAUAAAUGAAAUUAUUAGUACUUUUUAAAAGGGAGGAUGUUGUUCCCUUGUGUAAGUCUAAUAAAAGAUAUUACAAUGUAAAACUUUGAAAUCAAGAUGAAAAUGUUACACUCUUGACAAGGAAGUACAUUUUAUAUC